UUGCAGCCUUUGCUGUCUAGUCUGUGUCACCAGUGAAACGUAGAUUGGGCUGGGGCUAAUUUUUAUUACUAUCUACUUGAUAAACUGCUUUGUAGAAAAUUCAGAUCAUUGCUGCUUCUGCACAUUAUUAGUUAACGAAAAAUAUACCUAUUUAACCGUCUUAAGUAGUGACCAUAGAAGAGAGGCAAUGGAUAAAAGGAAACUAUCAACAGCCGGAGACAGUCUCUACCAAAUACUUGAAGUGCCCAAAACUGCUACAGCCGAUGAUGUCAAGAAAAGUUACCGGAAAUUGGCGUUAAAAUAUCACCCCGAUAAAAAUCCCAAUAAUCCAGAUGCUUCGGAAAAGUUUAAAGAAGUAAACCGCGCACAUACUAUAUUGAGCGAUGCGACGAAGAGAAACAUUUACGACAAUUACGGCUCGCUCGGGCUGUACAUUGCGGAACAGUUCGGCGAAGAGAACGUGAAUGCGUAUUUCGUGGUUACGAGCACCUGGUGCAAGGCACUGUUCAUCGUAUGUGGUAUUCUGACGGGCUGCUACUUCUGCUGCUGCCUGUGCUGUUGCUGCAACUGCUGCUGCGGGAAGUGCAAGCCGCGCCCGCCAGAGGAGUCGGGCGACUACCACACGCUGGAGCGCGACGAUUCGGACGGCGUGGCGGCCGUGACCGUGCAGCCCGGCGGCGAGGGCCGCCCGUCCGGCAAGCAGGCUCCGCCGAUCGCCAUGCCCGCGCCUCCCGACGCCGGCUCCUCCGAACCGGCGCCUGCCUCCUAUGGCGCCUCGGAAAAUACUGGCCUCAACACAGGAAGCAGUAUUCCAAAGUACACGUGAAGUAACUAUUCUCGGCUAGUCUAACGUAUAUUUAAGAGUAAUGAAGAAAUAAAUUAACCAUGAUUGCGCACCGUUGCUGAUAAAAUUCGAGCCUUUUAUUAUUAACUGUAAGUUAUAUUUUUAAUUUUGUAUAAUUAUUUUUCAACAAUAUUAUUCUGAUAUUACUUUUCUGCCUGUAGCUAAUCUAUAUGUGACGGUGUUUAUAAUACACAUAGGAACUAUUUUUCUAUCCAUUUAAAAGACUUUCGGGUCUUAUUAGUUACUUAUUUUGUAUUUAACUGUGGUACAGUCAGUAUCACAUAUAUAGUGACGGCCAACGUGGCCAAAUAUCUCGUAACACUCCUUUGUUACAAUAGAAAUCAUGAUGUGUUCCGAUAUAUUUGGCGACUUUGGCCGUCACUAUCUAUUUGAUGCUGACUGUACCAGAGAGAGGAUAGUUAAUAGUAUCAGCUUGUGUCAAGGGAAAGAUCGUGCCGCGAAAAGAACUAUUACUCUACAUAUAAAUAAGUGAGCGGAAAGGUUUCCGAGCCAUCAUCUAGUCAGAUUGCUAUUAUUUUCCGGUACAGUAUUUUCUUUGACUAUUCAACUCUGUAACCUAUUUAAACACCCUCAAAUCUUUCUUUGAACAAAUCUUAUUACAAAAGUAACCGAGCAAGCGAGAUACGUGCUAUCAUCACGCCUAUCAUAUUAGUUCGACCUAAAAUAUGGGUAUCAAAAUAAUAAUUGGUUACGACUAUUCCACUUAUUGUAAUAUGUAUAUAAAUUAAUUCAAAUGAUUAAUGAGCUUUAUUUUUAAAUAUUUACUGUAUACCUACGUAUGUUCUAAGGCUUGGGUCUCCCGUUGAUGCCGGGUGCUACAUAGAGCGUCCCGUUUUGUAGAAAUGUUUCUGUAUUCCCGUACUAUGUGACGUUGUACGUAGCGGAGACUAAGGCACUAAGUCCUCUAAAUAAUUCAACCACCGAAAAUAGAUAUUCCUUGCAUACAUAUGUUUAAAUUGUUUUAUUCUUCAAAGUUACAUCAAUAAAGUAUUAUCCUAAG